AUGGCACAAGUUGAAAGUCCAGGAAAUUUGGGUAUGGGUCCUAGAGAGUUAAUUUAUAAGUUUCUGUUGAUUACUUACAUACUUGAGCUGGCAUGGAUGCUGGUGUUAGCAUCAUUGGUGGUCAUCACUUUUGUGUUUGUAGUGAGCUGGGGCCUGUGUAACCGAGUAGAAGUAACUGAUGUUCGUAAACAGUGUAUAGACCUCACUCAAUACGAUUUCAUGUUUCCACCAGAAACAAAAUAUGAAGACCUAAACCUAUGUUCUGAGGGCAAAGUUAAGGAGUUCUGUAAAGAUUAUGUGGAGCAAGCAACGAUCAUGUACAUACUAGCAACAGCAGCAUGUGUUCUGGUAGUGGUCAGUUUGAUUGGUUUCUCUAAAAGUGACAGGGUAGAUCCAUUGAAUAACAGGAGAUUCAUCAAGAUAUCUACUUCAAAAUAA